AUGAAUAGAGAUGGUCAUCAGUUGUAUUAUGCAAGUAGACGUGAACGUUUACUAGCAUUAUUAAUACUUUUAUUAAUUCUUAUGUCAUUUUUUCUUCAUUUAUCUUCAUUUGCUGAUAUUAUGUUUAAAAAUUUCGAUUUGGCAAAUAAUCAAACCAAGAUUAAAAAAAAUAAUGAUACAACAUUGCUACAUAAUAAAAGCAUCGAUGAUAUAUUCGAUGUAAAUCUUCUACCAUUUUUUUGUAUAUUAGCUCAUUUAAUCUGGACAAUUGUUUUAUUGGUUGCACUUGAUCAAUGCUGUAUAUUUAAUAACAAAUCAAUUCAUAAAGUUCUAUUUAAACUAUUUAUUUGUACAUGUCCAUUAUUACUUUGCAGUGAAUUAAGUAUUGUCUUUGUCUUUCAUAUAAAUGGUGUUAAAAAUGAUUUAUUAUUCAUUACUAUUAAAUGGUUAAUAUUUAUUGGAACAAUCUUAAUUAGUUUUUGGACAGGUGUUAUAAGUGAUAAAGACAAAUGGCGUGGUAUUCAUGGAGGACAAAUAGCACCUGAACAUAAUACGCCAUUGUAUUUAUUUCAAAAUUAG